AUGAAAAACUAAACAAAGAAAACAGUACCAGUCUCGAGAGAUUCAAAUAAAAAGAACACUCCUGCCCUCUAAAACGGCAAGGGCGGAGGAUUUAACUCAGUUUCAAGUAGUGUUCAAGGUUUGCCUACCUAAAAUCAAAUGAAGCCAGCAAGUAGGAGUUCGCAGGCUAAUAACAACGGAAAUAUGAAUGCUGGCUAAAUGAUGGAAGGCGGCAACGGAGGAAUAUCCAGUCAAAUGAAUUCAUUUUAUGGCUAGGGAGGUGAUAGCAAUAUAAUGCAAGGCGCGGGAGGAGAAAGAGUAAGAGUAGCGAUGCGUGUGAGACCUAUGAUGCCGCAUGAAUUAAAUAGAGGUGAUGAAAAUAUUAUCACUGCGCCUGACAAUUAGCACGUGCUUUUAAGCUUGAAGAGUGGUUCAAAGAGCUUCAGAUUCAAUGCAGUCCUAGAUGACAAGGCUCGGUAAGCUGAUGUGUUCUAAUAAUGCGGAGUGCAUGAACUUAUAAACUCAGCACUGGAAGGAUAUUCUGCUACUAUUUUUGCCUAUGGAUAAACUGGUUCUGGAAAGACAUAUACUAUGUCUGGAGUUGAAGAUAAGCUCGGUAGAGAGGGAUGGACAUCUGAUGAUAAUGAUGGUCUAUUUCCAAGAUCAGUGCGCCAUAUGUGGGAAUCAAUGACAAUGAAACCAGAGUAGUUCUACGUCAAAGCCUCUUUCCUCGAAAUAUACAAUGAACAGCUUAGAGAUUUGUUAAACCCAUCAUCUGGUAUUCUCCACUGCAGAUGGAAUGUGAAGAAUGGUUUCUUCGUUGAAGAUUUAAUGGUGGUUGAAUGCACAAGUCAGCAGGAUUUAAUAGCAGUGUUGCACGAAGGCAUGAAAAACCGUAAAUCAGGUUCGCAUGAGUUGAACAAGGACUCUUCGAGAUCUCACUCAAUCCUUACAGUCUAUCUAAUUAGUGAAACUGUUUCCUAAGAGGAUGGUCAUAUCUUCAAAAAAUACGGCAAAAUAUCUUUCGUCGAUUUGGCUGGAAGCGAGAGACUAAAGGAAAGCAAGUCGCAGGGAGAGAUGGCCAAAGAAACAGGAAGCAUCAAUAAAAGUUUGUUCACUCUGGGUAAGGUCAUUUCUAUGCUUAGUUCUGAGAAAAAUCCAAAUAAUAUCAAUCAGAAGUACAUUCCUUAUCGUGAUUCUAAGCUUACUAUGCUGCUCAUGGAUAGUUUAGGUGGUUCAUCUAAGGCACUUAUGAUUGCUUGUGUGAGUCCAUCACAUAUGUGGGCUGAAGAAACAAUAAGUACUCUCAACUACGCCACAAGAACCAUGAAUAUUAAAAAUAAGCCAAUCAUCUAGAUGGAUGCAAAGGAGUAAAUCAUCUAUAACUUGAAGAGAGAGAUCUACCUAUUGAAGUUAGAAAAUGAAUAUCUCAAAGAACAAGUAUACAGACUAAAUGGAGGUAAGCCAAUACAGCUUCCAACUGGCUAGUAACUAGAGUAAUAAUUUAAGAUUGACAAUGGUGAUGGAUCAUAGUUUAUUCUGCCACCAAUAGGUUAAGGCACUAGCGCUUAGUAAUAUGCAAGUCAAAAGCAGUUCAAUGGAAUGGGUGGUGCAGUAGGCGCUGUAGGUGGAAUGAGUUUCUAGCCAGGCAUGCAAAUGGGCAUGAAUGGCGAUGCAGGUGGUUAAAUGGCUGGAUUUAGAAUGCUUUAAGAAUUCGAAUUCGAGAUUUAGAGGCUUAGAGAGGAAAAUUCUCAGUUAAGAUACCAGAAGGAACUAAAUGAAAGAGACUUUGAGCAGGUAAUGUUUGAAAAUAACACUCUCUAUGGCAAACUUGAGAAUCUUGAGAAUGUGUUCAUUGGAUCGGCUAUUUAAAGGGAUGGUCUGCAGUCUAGUCAUUCAAAGCUAUCAUAGGACUAUACGACUUCUACUCUAAUGCUUGAGAAUACUGAAUUAAAGAAGAAAAUAGCUCGACUUGAAGAGGAAAAGCUAGAGUUGAAACAGACCAUAAUAAAUAUUGACAGAGGUGGUGGAUCAGGUAUGGGACCUGCUACUGCAUUAAUGAAUGGUGGAAUAGCAGACAUGAACGAGGUGUAUCAACUUAAAUAGUCCAAUGGGGAGCUGCAGAAAAGGGUUGAAUUCUUAUAGAAGAGGGAAAGAGAAUUGAUGGAUAGUUUAGUCAAGUCAAAAUAAAGGUAAUGA